UCCAAGAUGGCAGAAACAGAGUCAGUAUCUGCUCUAGCUGCAGGAACUAUGUCCGCCUCUAUGGUCCAAAAGGCUUUUUCGCGGUGCGCUUCUGACGACUUCCGGCGGUUCCUCUCGCGGGGAUUGGCUGUUGGCGGCGUUGCGGCUAAGCUCGUGUGCGGCGGCGGUGUCGGCAGCGGCUGCAGCGAAAGAGUUUGGCGCGAUGCACAAGCGUGCUGCUGCCCGGCCUUCCAGGUUGUGGGUCGACCUCCCCUUCCCGCCGCGGAGACGCUGGGCCUGGCACUAGGCCCCGGAGCCCGGGUCCGCCCUGCGGUUGCGCGCCCGCCUGCUGGCUCGUGCGAGGCGUGCGGUGCGGAGGAUGCGCUUUCUCCCGAUUGCUCCUUGGUAGAGGCAGGCAUGGGGAUUUUGCUCUUUCCUUCCAAACUCCUUCUGUAGGAACAAUGGCCGGGGGAUGUCUGACAAUCCUGCCCCAAAGCUGACAGAUUGAAUCUGCUACACCCAGCAUGUGGUCCAGGAGGGGUCGUCUUUGCUUUACAGUGUGCUUUUUCAGUUGCUCCCUUUUGUUUUUUCGUGUUCUGCCUUUUAAAAAAUACAUAACGGUUUUUCGCUUUUCUAAGGCCUCUACAUACCUAGUUUGGUGUUUUCUUUAAGCCCUCAGUCCUGUUCUCACCCUUAUUUAUAGUCUCUUGGGGCUGGAGGCUGAAAAGAUAGGUUCAGCUGAGGAUGUAUCCUUAGAAUCUGACCGGGGUGGUAGUGGAGUGUGUGGGUAAGGUUUUGCUUUUUGUUUUGUUUUGGUUUUUUGCUUAUGUAUUUUGUAAUCCACAAAAAGGAGAUGCUCGCAGAGAUUCUGAGGAAUCAUGGUUACUUCCACACUUAAAUUUUCGUUUUCUGGUUGCUGCAGUUAAA